AUGGAGUUACCAAAUGUUGUAAGGAAUCUCGACCAAACAAUAAAGAAUAUGGACCUUCCGAAUGCAGUGAAAAAUCUGCAAGCAGUAACAAACAUUGAAAUACCAGAGUCAGUAAGAAAAUUAGAGAUACCACAAGCAGUGAAAAACCUUGACCUUAACGCCGUAAAAAACAUUGAACUUCCAAACGCGGUAAAAAAUAUCGAAUUACCAAAUGCUUUAAGAAGCGUUCCUAAUGCUGUAUCAAACGUUGUCAAAGACGUGCAGAUUCCAAAUAAUGCCACAACUAGACGACUAUCAUUACUGGCGACAUCAGCAUUUUCAAGUGUCGCCUCUAUUACUCAAAUAAUUCAACAGAAAGUUGAGGAGACAACGAAAAAUAUUCAAAGCGAACAUGAAGCAUUCGUUAAACAGGUUAAAGAGGAAUCAAUCGAACCUAAUUCAGGAACAGUGGCAUUGCCUCCGUGGGAAGGUUUACCCAAUGAAGAUGAAUUGAAGAAACAAAUACUGGCUCUAUCUAAGGAUAAACGAAACUUUCUCAUUAACCCACCAGAAAAUACAAAUUUCCAAUUUGACUUGAAUGUUUAUUAUCAAACUGCGAUGGCCGUUCUUAAUGCUGAUCCAAAUUUAAAUCGAAUGCGAUUUGAACUUGUACCUUCACAAGUCCAGGAACCAACAUUUUGGCGAAAUUAUUUCUACCGAAUAUCUUUAAUAAAGCAGACAGCAUUAGGAUCGACUGAUGCUGCUACUCUAGCAAAUGAGGUAUAUUCAAAGAGUGACGAAGAAUUAGUUAAAGAAACAGCAGCCUCUUCAUCAACAUCGACUACUAAUACAGUAGUUAAUAGCAAGGAUGAGGAAAAUACAAAAAAGGAAAAGGAGAAAAUAGAUGAGGUUAAAGAAGUUUUAUUUGAUGCAGAGAAUUCAGGAGAGGGAUCAGAUGUAUGGGAAGAUGAACUUGCAAAGGUUGCAGCUGAUGUUGGUGUGAUAGAAGGCGAAGAUGCAGAUGAAGAAUUAGUGGAUGAUUGGGAAGAAGAGAUGAAAAAAGAGCUUUCUUUAUAA